UCCAUGAGGUGAUACAUGCUGGGUCACGCCAGCCAGGUAUAUGUUUAUCCCUGCCGGUCCUCCGCCCUUCUCAGCAUUUGGAGCAUUUAAGUAGCGUCUGAUCAGCGCCCUCAUCUACUCUUCCCUCAGGCUUCAUCACAUACAACCUACUUAGUGUUUCCUCCACUUCCAUUCUCUACAAACCGAACUCUAGUUUGGAGUAACAUUCCUUCAGUACCCUUCACUUUAGACUCACCCACCGAUCGUCGCCUGCUGCCGCAGAACCCAGAUCUCAACAUAAUCCCUUAUAUUUGCUACGUUUCCCAUAAGCAGGUCUUUUAGAAAACCAAGCAAUCUAUUAUUACUAGUCCUAGUACCAAUUAUCUCUCACCAAAAUCCGCAAUCUUCAUUAAUUCCUUAUUCCUCGCUGGCAUCAUUUGAAUCAUGCUCAGUCUAACGGGACUCGUGGCUGCCAUUGCCAUGGCUGGCUUGAUGCAGCUUCCAUACAUUGCCGGAAACGCCGACCCAGCCACUGGCCAUAUACGAAAUACCAAGCCAACCCAGGCAUGGUUAGACAAAAAUCAACCUACCCGAAUGACUCGGGAGAUCCAGGCAUCGGAAUGUGCUAUGAAUACUCGACUGUCGUAUCCUCAUGUUCAACUUUUCGCGUGGUUUAAAGUCAAUCAUGGGGAGGACAAUUAUCAUGGCUGCCCAUACGGAGACUGCUGGGCGUACGCGACACACCCAGGACCGGAUGAAGUGGAACUCGACUUCCUCGAUUCUUACACAUUUUUCUGGCACGGCCUAGCAGGGGUCGACGGAACCGGUGUUAAAGAGAUUUCCGACCCUCAAUCUGGUGCCCUCGGCUAUGAACAAAGUCUUAGUGGCAAAUUCCUCGUUGGGCCAACUCCCAUGGGCACACUCCAAGUGGACCAUGAUGAGCACUAUCCCGGCUUCGAUCCAUCUAAGCUCGUACCAUGGCCUAAAGGUGCUGUGAACCGUUUCUUGUGGGGCCCCUCCGAGCCAAAGCAUCCCAAAUGUGGUCUACCAUGCGAGGAAAACAGAGAUCCUGGCAUAGCACCGGGUGCAUAUGGUUCGAAAAUGUAUACACCUGCUCCUGCUAGCGCAUAUCCACCACCUCCUAACUGGGUCCCCGGCCCGCAUGACAAAUGCGGAAAGAACGGCACCGUUAUACCCGACAAAUGCGCCUCAUUCUGCUCGUGCGCUUCUCAUUGCAAGGACGACAAUUGUAUCUCUCAAUGUGGUAGCAAAGGCAACAAAUGCGACAAAAGCAAAUGUCCGGCUCUUCCACCACCCCCGGCAAACCCACCUCAACCUGGCCACGAUUCCGACAAAUGUCUCAACUACUGCAGCUGCAUGGAACACUGUGGAACCAACAAAGUUUGCAUCAAGUCAAACUGCAAAAAGAUCAAACACGGAUGUGAAAAUGAUCAGUGCAAUGCCAACAGCAACCCACCACCUUCGGUCAACCCCGCCCCCCCUACCACCGAUCCUACUCCUCCACCAUCUAAUUCGGGCGGUUCGAAAAACCCUGGUCAAGCUCCAAAAAAGGAGAAGAAAAAACCCAAGAAAAAAAAGCAAGACAAAUCUGGUAAUGGAUCCGAUGGCACUGGCUCCGAUGGCACUGGCUCCGAUGGCACUGGCUCUGGUAACACUGGCUCUGGUAACACUGGCUCUGGUAACACUGGCUCCAGUGGCACUGGCUCUGGUAGCACUGGCUCCAGUGGCACUGGCUCCGGUGGCAAUGACUCCAGUGGCAAUGACUCCAGUGGCAAUGACUCCAGUGGCAAUGACUCCAAUGGUUCCGGCGACUCUGGUGGCGGUGGUCAAGGUCACUCUGGAUCCGGUUCAAGACGGGUCUACCGUCAGACGGUCAAAGCCAAAGCCUGCCUAUAAUGUGAUCUUCAAUCCGGUCUACAAAUUUAGAAGAGGCUCGAUCGAUCUGCUCCUUCUUGUUUGAUGUCCUUCCUAGUCUUUCUUUGUCCUUUCAAUUUCUUUCAUGCUAUUGUGAAGAUCUCUGCGAGGCUUCUUUUAACAGCUUGAUCGUUUCGGUCCGUUCCUUUCUGUUCUGUUCUUCUUUUGAGACCUCCGAUAGGUUACAUUGGUUUUAUUUUGCUAGACAAUUAAACUUCCAAAGGACCUUUCAUAUUUUAUUAUAUAUAUUAUGUUUCUGUUGACUUCUCGCACACUGCAAUCCAGCUUUUGAGCGAGUGGAAAACCAAUUUGUAGACUGAAUCUACUUCUAUUGAGAACAUCAUAAAAUGUCCAGGCUCCAAAGUCCACGUGAGACUGCCACAGCGAUAUUAACACCUUGCGAUC